AUGAGCGGGACGUCGAAUGGAGCCACGUCGAUGGACAGCACGACUUCACUCGCAGCCGCUGCGCCGCCAUUCGGGCUGCGACCGCCGAGUUUCCUGCAGCCGGUAAAACUCGGAGGGGUGUUGGCGAGCCAGAACCAACCCUUGAACUUGGGAACGCGGGCGCAGCAGCAACCGUCUCAGCAGGUUGGCGUCGCAUCAGCAGGCGGUGCAUCCUUUUUAGUACCCUCUGUUGCUGCGGGCACGACGGGGCGAGUGAAUACUAAUUAUCCACUGCUCCUGCCGGGGACGAAAUACGGAUCGCUGUACCUGGCAAGUGCAACAGCUGGUGGAGCCGCCACGACCACACUUGGAGAUCAACACCUGCCGGCACAGCCAGCAGGACAUCAAGUAGAGCAUGAUCCAUCGGGAGGAGGAAAAGCAGCUACUGGAACCGACACCGCCAAGAACGCUAUCCCACCAUCGCAGCAAGCUGGAUCAUUGAUGUUCCCUGGUGCUCCACGCGAGGAGGACACCAACGGAAGUACAACGGGUACCCCGAUGGAGGUGCCGAAGAGCCACUACGGGACGACGCCAUUGAUCAUGUCCUCCGCACUGGUACAGCCGGUUGUGAAGAAAUAUCAGCCGGUUAGUUGUACUAUUCCCGCACCACGCCCCGCCACGAUUCCUCGUCCGGCCGACGCAAAUCUGGCACGUCUGAGCCGGGGACUUCAAGAACCACUUUCGUCGAUGAACGGGAGUGGCACCAGCGUCUACCAGCAUCGAGCACCACACUGGUUUGUCGCCCCGAAGAAUAAACCGAUCGGAGCUGCUACUUGCAGCUCCCUGGCGGCCAGAGUGGGAGGGGACUCGACGUGCAAAAUCUCCGGUUCUACUGCGUGUGUCCAACCGGCAGCGCAGAAGGACAAGCUGGUCGUGCCACACACAGGUAGUACUGCAGCAGUGGCACAACUAGAUCCUCCGGGAGGCGGCCAAGGACGCGCAGGUGGGUCCAGCGGGGAGCAAGCAGGCGGUGAUGGUACCGCUAUAAUUUCUGGUACGAAAGUCGAUUGUUCCAGUGCCGAGGGGGUAGAAGACGCGCGGGUGGUGUACCAGCAGAAGUAUGAAAAAGCUGCAACAGUUCUGUCGUUGUAUUGAUGGUGUAAGUAAAGAUUGCGACCAGGUUGCGUGUUGACGAAUUUCAACUCUAGAUUAUGAUUCAAUUUUUUACAGUCUUUUGAUGUAAUGCACUAGUCAUUCCUUCCACGAAUAAUUUGUUGCGAAGUGCAUAAGCCGAGUACGUGUGACAAGCUGAUGGCCAUGACGACACGGUUUGACGGGUCCGACUUUUUCGUCGCUGGGCGCCCACUACUGCUGGACUGCAAGCCGCCCACGGACGCCGGCGAAACCGGACUGCGGGUCUGGGACGCGGGCAUCGUGCUAGCCAAGUAUUUGGAAACGCACUUUUCCCGCAGCGGAGGUGCAACAUCAGAUGGCGGUGCGGACCGUGUGCUGUUCUUGCCGGAAGGCAAUAUUACGGACGACCGGGAUCAUGAUCAAGGUGGAGGUAGUAAUUCUACUACGAUCUGCUCCACAGGACGACGACAAGCCACAGCUUGUUCACGAACAACCACCCCACUACGGCCUCGGAAGAAGGUGCUGGAACUGGGCGCGGGCACGGGCAUUAGCGGUCUGGCGGCAGCCCUGUGCGGGCACGACGUGACGGUGACGGACAAGGCCGGGACGGUGGGCGCCCAGUUGCGCGCGAACCUGGCGAGAAACGAGAGGGGCGUGCGUGACGCCGGGGGGUCCUGCCAGUACCGCGAGUUGGACUGGGACGUGUGGAAAAAGAAGCAGUACGGUCCAGCCACUUCUACCGAGGACCAGACGUCGUCGGGUGUAGCUCCGGCUCCGGUUGUUCCGGAGCACGUGCGGGAGUUCACGCGCGCCUACCAACUGCAAUAGUAGGUACUUACCAAGUUUGGGCGGUCUGGAACGAUCGUGCAGACAUCAUUUGUCAAGCCGUUUUAUGUGGGAACAAAAACGGCAAAGAUGCACGCAGAGCAGGACAAAAUGAAGCCGUGGUGGGUUUAUUUGCAUGUCUUCUUUCAAGUGCAUUUCCUACAGCGAAGAAACGACUACUUACCCCGUCGGAAGGUAGUACUUAGAUAGGGUGCGUUAUUUUGUGCUGUGAUUUUUAAUACACGAGGCAGAUUUAUUUCGUCAGCCUCUGAGGCUGACGAAAUAAAUCUUCCAGACGUCGUUUACUUGGGGCUAUUUGCAAUGCAUAACGCCGGCGUGGAUGUGAUUCUGGCCUCGGACGUGGUGUGGGCCCAUCCAUUCAUCGCAUCGUUCUUGCAGGUUCUGCGUAUGAUAGUAGUGCACUUACGAAUGGCCUGCUGCUUCUUUGGUAUGUGCUUGAUGGGAGAACUACAGUCGAACACAAAAUGUGUGUAGUUUUCUUUUUCCUCUCAGCGCACCAGCACGGCCGAGCAGUGUCGAUAAUAUUGACCGCAAAUAGAAGCUGCACUCUGGGUCGGGUGCGUGGAGGAUUUGUCUUGUAGGAAUCAUCGCGUGAGCAGUAAUUCAAUUCAUUCCGCCCCAAUGGAUGCUUCCAAAGUACUUGUCAUGUUGUCGUGGGAAUACAGUAAGGAUGUGCAUUAUUUCCAUACUCGAGACCCUGUGCACGCACCUGCCGACCUCUGUGCAGAUCCUCUUUGCACACAAGUAUGCGGUGAAGCUCUGUGGGUCCGGGUUUGGAGGAAUGCAUGAGCCGAAACCUAUAACUGUACAUGAAAAUAAACCGCGGAAGCGAAGAUACAGGCGCAUGAAGGAAUUUUUAAGUAAUGGACGAUGUUACAACUCGUAAGAAUGGUGUAUAAAAAGCCAGAUCUGUUCUGCGAGGUACGCCUCCCGUUCGCACGAAGAAACCUACGAGGGGAAGUAGAACUACUCCACGCAGGUAUCUACUAAACACCUUCCAGACCCGAAACGGCUUUUUCCCUCUGGAUAGCGGGCAGCGAGAUAGCACGGUGGAAGACGCGUUUCUGCGGGCGCUACCCGAAUACGGCUUUCGCGUGGUGGAGAAGCUGCUGAGCGGGGGUCUUCCCCCGGACCACGUCUUUUACAGCGGCAAAGUGCAGUUGUACCGGCUCAGCUUCGAGGGGUCUUGGUAUUAUCACCGCGAGACGUAGGUGGCAAGUGGAAGUGCAAUUUGAAGCUCUACUACACAUCUGUAACCCAAGUGGAUGUUGAAGACCAGCCAAUCAGUAUUAUUUUCAGACUGUAGAGGUAGACGUGACAUAGACAUCCAAAGCCAGUUAGUUUGGAGCCAGUAGAGCUCGCAUCUUCAGAAGAUGCAAGUAAGAUUUUUCCUCGUUAUACAGUGGAUUUUUAGUUGUACCUAAGCGACUGCAACACGACGGCGCUUUCUGUCGGAGCCGCGAUGCGGCAUAACGACUGCAAUUCGGUACAUUUGCU